AUGGGCCAGUCCCCCUCCUCCCCCAUCUCCAAAUCCUCCCCGCCGCUGCCCCUCUCCUCCAUGGCGCCGCCGCCGGCGCCCGCGCACCCCGUCCCGCCGCCGUCGGCCGGCGGGACCAUCCCCUGCCCCCCGUUCGCGCCGCCGCCGCCCUCGCGCGACCACACGCAGGACCUCCCCGACGAGAUCCUCACGCUCGUCUUCGCCUCGCUCACCCCGGCCGAGCGCAACGCCUGCUCCCUCACCUGCGCGCGCUGGAAGGAGGUGGACGCCGCCACGCGCCACCGCCUCUCCCUCGACGCGCGCGCCAUGCUCGGCCACGCCGCGCCCGCGCUCUUCGCCCGCUUCACCGCCGUCACCAAGCUCGCCCUCCGCGCCGCGCGCGGCUCCGGCGCCGACAGCCUCAGCGACGGCGGGGCCACCGCCGUCGCCGCCGCGCUGCCCUCCGACCGCCUCUCCAGGCUCAAGCUCCGGGGCCUCCGGCAGCUCUCCGACGCCGGCCUCGCCCACCUCGCCGCCGCCGCGCCCGCGCUCCGCAAGCUCUCCGUCGCCUCCUGCACCUUCGGGCCCAAGGCCUUCGUCGCCGUGCUCCACUCCUGCCCCCACCUCGAGGACCUCUCCGUCAAGCGCCUCCGCGGCCUCCCCGACACCUCCGGCGCCGGGGCCGCCAUCACCGAGGAGAUCCUCUUCCCGCCCGCCUCGGCCCUCCGCUCCGUCUGCCUCAAGGAUCUCUACAGCGCCCUCAGCUUCGUCCCCUUAAUCGCGUCUUCGCCCAACCUCCGGUCCCUCAAGAUCCUGCGCUGCUCAGGCGCCUGGGACCUGCCGCUGGAGCUCAUAGCUGCGCGUGCUCCUGGCCUCGUCGAGAUCCACCUCGAGAAGCUCCAGGUGGGCGACCGCGGGCUAGCCGCCAUCUCCACCUGCACCAACCUCGAGGUGCUAUUCCUCGUCAAGACCCCCGAGUGCACCGACGAAGGCAUCAUCAGCGUCGCUCAAAACUGCCACAAGCUCCGCAAGCUGCACAUCGACGGGUGGCGCACGAACCGGAUCGGGGACCGCGGGCUCAUGGCCGUCGCCCGAGGCUGCCCGGACCUCCAGGAGCUCGUCCUGAUAGGGGUCAACCCCACCGUGCAGAGCCUCCGGAUGCUCGGCGAGCACUGCCGCGUGCUGGAGCGUCUCGCGCUCUGCGGGUGCGAGACCGUGGGGGACACCGAGAUUAUCUGCCUUGCCGAGCGCUGCGCUGCUCUCAAGAAGCUCUGCAUCAAGGGGUGCCCGGUCUCAGACCGCGGGAUGGGAGCGCUCAACGGGGGUUGCCCCAGCUUGGUCAAGGUGAAGCUCAAGAGGUGCCGGGAAGUAACGUAUGAAUGUGUUGAGCAGCUCAAGAUUGUCAGGGGCGCUUCCUUCUCCAUCAGCUUGGAUAUCGUGUUGGAGCAUGUUGUUGGGGCUCCAAGUGAAGAUGGUGCGCAGCAGGCUGGACAAGCACAGGUAACAGAGCUAACUGGACAAAUGGCGGCCAUGGACCUUCCUUCUAAUGCUGCUGGCGCGCAAUCUUUUGCUCAGGCGAAUAGCAGGAUGCGGAGCGUUAUGUCCCUUCUUAGAAGGAGGUUUGGCAAUCCUCCACCAAUGUGACUGUGGGAUGGAAAUCGAUGAACUCGUUCGCUGUUUUAUGAUUUCUAGUCUCAUAUUCAUGUUCCUUAGCUUAUUACAUUUCAUAUCCAUCCCAUGCAAAAAAGAAACUCCAUUAUGGAUAA